AUGUCUUCUUCUCUGAUAUUCAUUACCGGCGGUACUGGCUUCAUUGGCUCACAUGUAACCCUCGCCGUUCUCAGGUCUGGAUACCGUGUCCGUCUUAGCGUCCGGCGCCCCGACCAGGAGGCGGCCAUCAGGAAACUUUUCCCAGCAUACCAGUCACAAAUUGAGACAGUCGUCAUACCCGACAUUACUCGACGAGAGGCGUUUGUCGAGGCGCUUAAAGACGUCGACCAUGUUUUCCACUUGGCCUCACCCAUGCCGGGUCAAGGUGAAGACGUAAAGGAAGAUUACGUCGAUCCCGCGGUCCACGGCACAACUAGCAUGCUAUAUGCAGCUUUGGACUAUCCCCAGAUCAAAAAAAACACCGGCGAGGUCCUUCCGAUCGAUCUAGAUAUGGAGGAGUUCAAACAAAAGGGUAUGCAAGGACAUGGAUCAAAGUAUCGAGCCUCGAAGAUCCUAGCCCACCAAGCCACGAGGGACUUUCUACAGAAAGAGAAGCCAAGUUAUACCGUGUUGACUUUCCAUCCCUCAUUUGUCUUGGGCGAAGAUUUUGCUCAAGAGUCACCCGAGCAGAUGCGGGGCAUGAUGUCGUUUCUCUGGAUGUCGCUCUCACUCGAGAAGCCUAUACUUGCAAGUGCAUGGGUCCAUGUUGACGAUGUCGCUCAGGCUCAUGUCAACGCUAUCACGACGUCAACACCGAUCCCCUCUGGUACGGAAUUUAUCUUGAGCGCUCCCCCCUUCCCUUGGGAAGAAGCUAUUGCACAUCUGGAAGAAACCUAUCCUUUCGUGGAAUGUAAGCUCCAAGGUCCAUUUGGGCCAAUUUAUGAGCUUCAAUAUCUGGCUGCCGAGAACAUCCUUGAUAUCAAAUGGACUUCGAAGGAAAAGACCAUGAACGAUGUCAUGAAUCAGCAACUCUCUCUGCGAGCGAAUCGUGCUUGA